AUGUCUCAAGUCCCCUCAAGCAAUUCAACUCGACCACCCACACAAAUUCUCUCUCUACAAGAUGCAAUUGAAAUUCAAUUCACAUUCUGCAAACAAAACCCAUCCUCUCCCUCACAUUUACGAAUGGGAUGCAUUCAACUCAAUGAAUUUGGUUUUGUAACAGAUGUCAUGUUUGAUGGUCAUCACAUUCCUAACAACAACAAGGUGCCUCCACAGAGCCGACUCUUUCAACUUUCUAAUUUUCACAAAACACUUCAUUUGAAAUCAUCCAAUCAAACGGAAAAUGAUGGAGAGUUUUCACAAUCGUUUAUCGUGAAACCAAAUCUGUCCAAUCUUUUCACAAAUCCUAAAGAACCACUCGACACUGGUUUUAAACACUUUUUAAAGGACUUUCAAAAACAAUCGUUGAAAGGAAUGAAUUUUGUCGAAGCAUUGUAUCCAUCAAAAUUUGAAAUUGCUCAAGAAUUGGGUAUCAUUAAUGCAGAAAAUGACGAAGAAAGUAGAAGUGAGAAUUUAAAAGCAUUGGCAGAUCCAUUGAGAACUUAUCGAGGAAAAACGAAAUGUGUGGUCUUUUAUUUGGAAGGUGAUUUUGCAAGUGUGUUAACUCCUCAAUCAAAUUUAGUGGUGGAAUGGGGAAAACAUAUUGUGGGAGAGUUGCCACAUCUCACAAAAACUGAAUUCAAACCAGAGAAUAAGCUUGUCUUUCCAUAUCAAUCAAUGAUCAAGCAGAACAAAAAUUGUGUGUUUUUGAGUAUUGUGUUAUGGAUGGAUCCACAAAUUAUGAAUCAAAAUAAUGUUUGUGCGAUGGAUACCAUUGGUUUGAAUUUGGGACCAGGUUCACCUUCCAUCAUGGAUGCUUACAAGUAUGGAUUGAUUCACCAGAGUUUGGGAGAAUUAUAUUCAUCGGAUGAGACAGCUGUUGUUUUACGUCAACCUUUCAAAUAUUUCGAACUUAAAAAGAACAAUUCAGUCGUUCUCUCUUCAUUGAAAAUUCAAAGCGUUCGUUGUUAUACCUUUGAAAUUAAUCACAUUCUGGUUGGAAAGAAAUUUAGUAUCAAUUCCAAAGCAAUUCUAUUGGAUCGAGGUAAUUAUGCCAUCAAACACAUUGGAGAUCCAGUGUUUAUUCCAGGAAAAGAAAAACCAGUCAUUUCAGGAAGAACUGAUACUAAAUCAGAUGCCACCUUCUCCAUUGAUUUGAAUCAUGUUCCGUCACAAGUGGACAAAAUUUUGUUUAUUUCUGUAUUUCAAGGAAAUGCUGAGACUAAUUUUAUUCGAGUGAAAGAUAGUGUAAUGAAAGUAUUCAAUGAAAAGCAGGAACUUGUCACAUCCAUUGUAGCAUCUCCAGGAAAUGAAAGUACUUUAAUUUGGGGAUUUCUUAAGAGAUUACCAGACAAUUCUUCUGAAUCCAGAUGGGAACUCUUUAAUAUGGAUCAAUACACAGAUCAACAUGGACCAUUGGGUGCUUAUCGUUAUGCUGUGAGACAUUUACCAAUGAUAUCUCCACUUUCUGACACUGUGAAUACUUGUCCAAUGCUCUCGAAUUCAUCCUCUACCAUGACAACAACUGUUGAAUUUUCACUUCAAAAACCUCUUCUUUGUAAAUUGAGAUUAGGAAAGAGAUUGGCUCCAUAUCUAUUUAUGGAUGAUGAGGAUGAGGAGGAUGAAGAUGGUUUCUCUAGAAAAUUAUCAAAAAAACCAUAUUACAAUUUGGAUGUGUGUUUCUUUGAUAAUUAUGGUUAUCACAUUCAUCAUGAAGCUGCAAAACCAGUGAAAAGCAAAUACAUGCCACUCUUCCAAUUGGGAAUGAAAGAACAUAUGGCAAAUUUACCAAAUUUGAAAACAGCAUUCAUCAAACUCGCAAUUCGAAUUCCAUGUGUCACCUACAAGGCAGAACCAUAUCCAUAUUAUGACACUGAUUUUACUGAUGAAGUGAAAGAGAGAAGUCUUUCUGAUGAAUUUGUCAAGUGCAUUCAAGAUGAAUCGAUGCGAAUGAUUAUUUGUGACGAGGAAAAGAAUGAAGAAUUAUUUGGUGUCUCUAUUCGAGAUUUGGAUCCAAAAGAACAAGAAGAAAAACUUAAAAAAAUCAAGUUGAAAGAAAAGAAUGUCAUCAAACCAGAUUUUGAAACUGAAGUACUUUUAUUGAAGUUGGAAAAAGUCGAUCAAAAGAGUGAUUUAUGGAAAGUGUGUCCAAUCCGCAAAGAAUUCGCAAAGGAUUCGAACUGGGUUGAAAAAAUUCGACAAGAAAUGCUUUCAGAAUUUGUCAAAGCAAGACCAUCUUUCAAGUUAAUGCAUGCAAAUGAAUGUGUGACUCAACCAUUUGUUUCUGAUAUGUACAAGGAAGUUUUCACAUCAGUGAUAAGUUUGGAAUGUUCUGACAUUUCUUACAAACCAAAACUUCAUAUUUUAACUCCAACAAAUGUGACUGAAGUGAACGAACAAAACAGUAGAUAUGGAAAUCCAAUGAGUGUUGAAAUUAUCAUGAAUAGCAAGAGAUUUUCACUUCCUGGAGAAAAUUCAAGAUUCGAAAUUGCCUACAAAGAUUAUGAACUUCAAAAUCAAAUGCUUGGAAUUAUUCUAUGUUUGGAAUUGUCCAAAGAUAUUCCAUCGAACAGUCAGAGUACUCUUGUGUUGAAAUUCUUUGAUCAAAAAGUUGGAGGAGAGAAAUUCAGACUUGUGAUUGAACCUCUCAAAUGUGGAUGGAAAAAACAAGGUGAAAUGCUCACAGUGUUGGCAACCAUGAAAGAUGUUGCAACACACAUGAUUAGUAUCAAAAGUGUCAUGAAGAUUAAUCUGAGUGAUUAUGCUGUCUUGUUGCCAUCUCCUCCAAAACAUCUUAAUAUUACCAUAGAUCGAGCAGAAGAUUUGGCAGUGUAUAAUGACAAAAACUCUGAUCCAUAUAUCGUUGCCAAGUUUGAUGAUGGUAAAAAACAAAUAAGCAAGAAGAAGACUGCGCUCUUUGUCACUCAUACGAUCAAGAAGACAUUGAAUCCUGUUUGGAAUGAGACUUUCCAAAUUCGUUUGAUUGGAGACAUUAAAGCGGACAACAGAGUUCUGGCCUUCCACAUGUACGAUAAGGAAACCCUCCACAAAGAUAACUACAUGGGCAUGGUGUUGAUUAAUGUGAAGGACAUCCAAGAAGGAAGCUUUGGUUAUCCUCUCAAGCCCAAUCCACUCAAACAAACCAAAGCCAAAGAGACCGAGAAGGUCAAAGGAAAGGUGUAUUUCAAGUUUGAGUUUGUUUAUGAAUAA